UUGAAAGCGCCGUCCAACACGUGAGGCUCAUGUGACGGUGUCGAGUGUGUGUCUGCAGCCGAGAGACGCGCCCGCAGUCACAGGGUUUAUUUAACACGUAGACACAGACGCACGCACGUCCUCCGCGGACCCGCAGCCUCCAGGGACGCGACACGGCAGCACGCGCGCCGCUCCCCGGGAAACGGACCCGCUCUCCUCGCGCUCUCCUGUCAUUCGAUGCUCCUUCCUCUUAUUCGUGUUUGAACGCGAGCGACAUGGAGCGGAUCAGCGUGGACGUGGCGGACGUGCGAGGGAUGGAUUUCUCCAUGUACGUGUACAAGCCGCGGAGGGGCGUGAAGCGCGGCGCGGAGGACAACAAGGAGACCUACAAGCUGCCCCACCGGCUCAUCGAGAAGAAGAGGCGCGACCGCAUCAACGAGUGCAUCGCGCAGCUCAAGGAUCUGCUGCCUGAACACCUGAAGCUCACCACGCUGGGUCAUUUGGAGAAGGCCGUGGUGCUGGAGCUCACGCUCAAGCAUGUGAAAGCCCUCAGCGGCGUCCUGGAGCAGCAGCAGCAGAAGAUCAUGGCGCUGCAGAACGACCUGCAGAUCGGUGAUCGCGGCGGCGGCGUGGAGGCCGGCGAGGAGAUGUUCCGCUCCGGCUUUCACUUGUGCGCGAAAGAGGUCCUCCACUACCUGAGCAGCCAAGACAGCAGCAGGGACCUGACCCCCUCCCACGUCAUCAGCCACAUCCAAAAGGUCGCGGCGGACGCCCUGCAUCAUCAAAGUGGCGCCGUGGAGGCCGUUCCCCAGGCGACGGAGAACCUGAAGAAGCAGCCCGCCGGAGAGCCCAAGAGGGCGUACGAGGGCUCGGCCAAGAACUGCGUCCCCGUCAUUCAGAGGACGUAUCCCCACGCGGCGGCGGGGGAGCAGAGCGGCAGCGACACGGACACCGACAGCGGCUACGGCGGAGAGCACGAAAAGCGCGACGCCAAAGCCCAGUGGUCACAGAGCCACGCCAAGGAGGGGGAGCGCAGGCGCGUCGCGGCAGCCGGCGCCAUCAAGCAGGAGGCCGACGAGCCCCGGGCCAAGAAGUCCAAGUCCGACCCCUCAGAGGACGAGACCCUCUCCGGCCGCGUGGGGGGAGGCUACAUGAGCUUCUCCCCCAACCAGCCCCCCUUCUGCCUCCCCUUCUACCUCCUCCCACCCGCCACCUACCCGCCCAUGCUGCACAAACGCUGGUACCACGGGGGGAUGCCCGCGAUGUACCCGGGCGUGAGCAGGACCCCGGACACGUCCCCGAGGGCGGGCUCGCCAGCGUCCUCCUACCAACACCCCAUGGACGCCCCCGCUCUGCCCAAAGCGCCGCAGCAGGUCGCCCCGCUGAACCUGGAAGCCAAAGACUGAGCCAAGGCCUCCAUGUUGGAAUCUCGCCCUCUGAAUGUGGAUGUGGUUGAAAAGACGCUUACGACAACAACAACAACAACAACGACGACAACAACCCACAAACUCCGGGCUUCCCUUCAAACCUCAGCCGCUGUUUGGCACGUCAGAACCCUGAGAGGGGUCACGGGUCACCGUGGUCUCACCACCGGCUCCCCGCACACUGAAACCGGACCUUCACGGGUCGACCCGGCUCUGAAGCGCUGUGAUGGCGACGACGGCUCGCUGCUCAGUGAUGAAUGUCAGAGGUAAACGACGAAUGUAAGGCCCAGAGACGCCCCCCCAAAAUGAUUUGGACCUACUUCUUUUGCACACACACCACCCGCCAAUGAGUGUAAAGAAAAGCGCCUCGUAAAGGCUGCUUGACUGACCUUUGACCUGCUGUGGAUCUGCGCCACGGAGGAUCAGCUUUAAGUGCAGCUGCAGUGAACGGGAGACCAGAGACACCGACACCCUUCGUUACCUCGCGGCGCUCUGAGAGUUCUGGGUGUUGCCCCCGUACGGCGUGCGCCUCCCCGUCUAUUUUUAAAAGUGAAGUGAAAGAUUUCCUUUGUGACUCAUGACUAUUUGUGCGUCCACACGGGUCCCUGUGAAGUCACGUGGUGUAAAUUGUUGUUGUUUUUGCUCAAGCUACUCGUACAUCUCUAUUUUUGAUACGUGACCCGCCAUCGCGACCCGAUGGAGGUCGGUCGCUUCGCUGCUCCACCUGAUUAGCAUCUCGCCCACAAAUUCCCCGUCAAGUUAAGGCCUGAUCUUCGCUCAUUGAUGUUGCCUUCACAGACGCACACAGACACACACACACAGACACACACAGACGCACAACGACACGACGUGUUUCAAUGUAUUCUUGCUUUAUAUGUCGCGUCUGAGGCAGAAAGAGUGAAUGUAAAGUCUAAAGAAAAGUAAUAGUUUUGUAUAGAGGUACUUGGGAUUUUUAUUUUGAAAUGUAACAAAAGGUUGUUUGUUGUACAUAUUUUGUAUAUAAAGUAUUAUGAAUAUA